AUGAUUUUAACUCAAACUAUCAAUGUAUGUAAAUUCAUAUUCUACAUCAAUAAUUUGCCGUGGUCACGUCAAACAUGUAAAAAGAAAUCGACAAAAUCGAUAUUUCAAUCAUAUUUUAGCUAUGUAACAUUAGAAAUUGAUGCACACGACGAUAAUCGUAUAGCAAUUAAUUUUGAUGAUUCGGGUUCAAAUUUUGAUUAUACCGUUGAAAUGCAUAACGCCGAUCCAGCUGGUUAUUGA